UGUAACGUUGGUAAUUAAUAUAAUUUUUGAUUUUGAUUUUAAAAAAAUUUAAUUAAAUUUUUAAAAAAAAUGAUAAUAAAGGAUGAUUUAUAUCGAUUCUUUUGAAUUCCGGAAGGAGAAUUUUCUUUUUCAAAAAUCCUGAUAAUUGAUGGAAUCAUGCUUUCCAAUAUCCAUUUUCCAAGAAAAUUAUGCAACAAGCAGCUAAUAUAUUCCUUUUUCACUAUUUCGGCCUUCGUUAUUGUGUUCGCCGCGUUUUUCUCGACAGCCCCUCUAGGACACAAAAUCAUGGCCAGUUUUGGUUCCAACAAGGGCAUCGUUUCGAAUAUCAAGGAACUAAAUCUUAAUUAUCACAAGUACACCAUGGUUUUGUACGAUAAAAAAGGUUCGACCGGAAAAACGGAAAAACCCCAUAAUCCAAACGAGAUCCAAAAUCAGGGAGAGAGCGGACGUGUUCUACCGGAAUCUAAAUGGAGAUGGGGAGAAAAGAAGGAAUAUCGAAAGGAAACUGAGAUGAAAGCCAAAGAAUUUAAUCGUCAAAACGAAGUAUUUAUGGAUACGUUGAGCCAUCGUAAAGAUAAUGAAAAAAAGUGGAGAGAGAGAAGACCCACAACCAGUUCUUCUACAACAAGCGAAAUAACCGAUAUUGACAAAGAACUUCGCAUUUUAUAUGAAAUCAAGACAACUCAAAGGACAUCAACAAUCACCUUAAACAACAGAGAUAAUAGAGACGCCAGUACCACUGAUAAAAUGUUGGAUAUUAUUGAUAAUAAUGAUGAAAAUGAAGAAUUAACUGACCAAAAUAAUGUGGAAGAGGAAGAUGAAGAGGAUGAAUACGAUAUGGAAGAGGAAGAUGUCAAUCAGGAUGAAUGUAAGGGUUAUCAUAUAGAUCUUCCCCGAGAUCACGAUAAAUCUAUAGAAGAAUUUAUAGAGAGAAACCUUCAAAACAAAACUAGUAAUCAUACCGGAUACAUACAGUUAGUGGAUAAAUAUUUAAAUCAUCGCAAGAUCAUCGAUCAGAUACCCUUUUACGAGUCCGUCAUGUCCCCGAAACUCAAUGGUAGAUCCUUGUCGCACAGAGUCAGAAGGAGGUUCGAAAUUAAAAUUCGCUUGGUUAUGCUUCUAAAAAAAGGCAAUAAACGAGAUAAUAUGGCGGUGAAGACAAAUGCCAUAAAUUUUGAUAUUCCAUUUUUGGAAGAUGGUAUUUUUGAGGAUAAAAAAUACGAUCGCAUGUUACUACAAAUGAAAAACAAAAUUUUCGCGGUUAACGAUCAGCAAUUAACAACUACUCCCUUGAUUAGUCGUCAGAUGAAUAGUAGGAUCAAUCCUUGGCGCUUAGCCCACAGAUGGAUUAUAAGAUCAAUAUUCUCCGAAAAACUUUACGAAAUGAAUAAAGAAACGGAGCCAUUUUUUGGAUACAUUCACAGGAGUGUGGCCCAUUAUCCCUUGAUAGAGAUAGACAUCCCAAACAAAAGAGUCCCGAAACCUAGGACUAGAAAGGCUAAACAAAUCACGGUAAAUAAAAUGCGGGGCAGCACGAUGAAAAUGAUAUUGGAACUGGAAGGAAAUCAAAAAGUUUUGUUCAAGCCCAAACGUCUCCUGAUGACCGAUUUUGUUAAGGACAGAUUUUGGCCAGCGUUUCAUGGUAGGGAGCGUUUUCAGUGUGAAAUAAUGUCCUAUCAUCUUAGCAGAGUUUUAGAUUUCCGUAAAACGCCUAUAACCGUUGGUAGAAGAUUCAAUUUAUUUGAUGAUUUUCUAAAGAACGAUCGAUAUAAAAUUAUAAAAGACGUCACCCAAAAUGAAAAAUUGGAAGAUAGUUAUUGUUUCCGAUUAUUCAAGGGUAAAAAAAAGAAUAAACGAUUAGAGUCAAAAAAAAUUUGCACGGAGUCGGGUGGCAUGAUCGAAGGAGCUAUGAUAAUGUGGUUACCACUUCCAUUAGGAAUAAUCAAAAACCCAUGGCACCCAAAAUCUUGGCGGAAGGCCAAUAAAAACUGUGAUGGAUAUCAAAUGUACGAUAUAUCUAACGAAUAUUGUUUGAAAAACGUGGAUAUGAUCAUCAAACAAAAUGAUGAGGGGUUGUACAAGAGAAGUCAGCUGACCAUUUUGAUGGAUAUUAUUGAUAUGGCCAUAUACGACUUUUUAUUGGAUAAUAUCGACCGUAGUAGUUUCGAAUAUUUAAAGCAUGAAGAUAAGAAAAAAAAUGGAUUCAUGCCUAGGACACAUGAUGCGAUCCCAAUUUCGUUAAUCAUGAUAGAUUCCGGAAAUUGUUUUCCAGAUCCAAAUGUAGACACGUUUACAACAUUGGCCCCGUUAUACCAAUGCUGCAAACUUCGCCGAUCAACAUACGAAAGAUUAAAACUAUUGAAAAAUGGCCGUUUUAUAAAAUCGUUUAACCUAUCCUUAAGUGAAGACAUGUUGCAUCCAUUCCUAACAGCACCUUAUUGGAUCGCCUUAGAAAGGAGGUACAAUGCCGUGAUGUCAGUCAUUCAGGAUUGGUGCUUCACUAAAUUCGAAGAAAGUAACGUAUUACUUUAAUAAAAAAGGGUAUUGCGCGUAGUCAAUGAAUAUGAUUAUAAGUUUUAAUAAACCUGGACCGAGAUGGAAGCAUAAAAUAAAUGUUAUUUGAAUGUUUGAAAAUUUUAAUAUUACAUAUAAAAACAUAUAGUAUGUAAUUAUUAAAUAUAAAUAGACAAUCACAUGAUCGUUUUUAUUUUAUUAACUAUAUAUCAGAAGUGUUUCGAUAUUUAAUUUAUUUUACCAAUAUCUCAUUCCAAUAUUAUUUUUAGUUCCCUUAUG